AUGUCCAAAAGAAUCACACACCUCCCGUUCAUAUCAAGGUACGACGAUGUCAUGCAUAAGAAGGUCGUCGAUGCUUUGUAUCAGCAGUGGAAACACGAUCAGCAACUCGAGAAGGCAAAGGUGCUUGCCGCAAACAUCGACCUCUUCUUUGGCGUCACAACUAGCUCAGAUACCUCUUCCGUCACUUCCGUAGAGACUAAGAACAAGGCGGGCAGUGGAGUUUUGACUGGUCUGAUUAAGCGCGGAUAUAAGAAGAUGCUUGGGAAAUCAAAGUCUAGAGAAUCCCGUGGGAAUGAAGAACGAGCAGAAGACACCGGUGAAGACCAAGCCGCCUCACCGCCACUCACGCCCAUCAGUCGCGCAGACUCCAUCGACAAAGACCGCCGCAACGCGAAAGGAAUGGGCUACGACUUCAGUGACUUCGAUUUGAUGAUGCUUGAAUUAUCUCACAGUUUUAUCAGUCGUGAAUAG